AUUUAUAUUUUUUAAAGUGCAUGCCCGCUUAAUGUAAACAUUCAGAAAUUGAAAUGCCUUUUCUUAAAUAUUUACUAUUCAGUUUCCAUAAACGUUGAUAUGUCUCAUAAAUUCAUAUUUUAAAAAGUUUGUUGCAUCCGACUAAAUGAAUUCUUCAAAUUCCCUAUGUAAACAUUUCUACGGAUAGGAAUAUAUGCAAUUAUGUGUGUAAAAACCAUGUACAAUUGUAUUUGAAUUUCGCUAUAAUUUAAUAUAGCGCUUAUAGAAAUUGACAUUCUUUAAAAAGAAACUCAUUUAAGAUGGUCAGAUUUUCAAUUCAGCGUUGUACUCAAUUUCGAGAAUCAUUCGUUAGCGCAUUUGCUCACUUGGGAAGUAAAUCAUGGUACCCUGGUCAUAUGUAUAAAGGAGUGCUACAGAUGCAAGCUAAAUUAGCUGUUGUAGACUGCAUAUUAGAAGUCCACGAUGCAAGGAUUCCAUUCAGUGGCCGUAAUCCCAAGUUUUAUUCUAUGUUAACAGCAGUUAAACCUCAUAUUCUUGUCCUGAAUAAAAGUGAUCUCAUUGAACCCUCUUUAAAAAAGAAAAUAACUGUUGAACUACAAAAAACAAAUGUUCAAAAUGUUUUAUUCACAGAUUGUAAAGCAUCGAUCAAAGGUGGUGUGAAUAAAGUUGUUCCAACUGCUAUAGAUUUAAUAAAGAAUUCUGAAAACUAUAAUAGAGAAAAUUCUCGGAACUUCAGUUUAAUGGUCAUUGGAAUUCCCAAUGUUGGAAAAUCAUCUUUAAUAAAUAGAUUAAGAAAUAUUCAUUUAAAUAGAAAAAAAGCUUCAGCUGUGGGUGCUACUCCUGGAAUUACGAAAUCUGUUCUUGAAAAAAUUAAGAUAUGUGAUGAUCCAUCAAUAUAUUUGUUUGAUACCCCUGGUGUUGUAGAACCUAGCAUUAAAAAUAUGGAAGUAGGCUUGAAGCUUGCACUUUGCAGAAAUUUGAAAGAUAAUUUAGUAGGGGAAGAAUUAAUGGCUGAUUAUUUGUUAUACUGGUUAAAUAAACAUAAGAAUUUUACAUAUGUUAAACAUUUUGAUUUACCAGAAGUAACAGAUGAUAUUCGUGUUGUACUAUUUUAUAUUGCAAAAAAUCAAAAUCUUGUAAAGAAAAUCAGAAAUGCUGAAGGAACUGUACAACAGUAUCCAGACAUUUUAACAAGUGCCAUGCAUUUUAUAACAGCUUUCCGUGAUGGAAAAUUUGGAAAAAUAUUAUUAGAUAUUGAUCAUUUGGAUUAACUUUCAUAAUGUUUUUCCCUCAAUAGUGAUAUGUACAGUAUUUGUUAUUAUUAUUGUAAAAACUAAA